AAAUUCCAUUUGUCGUUAUCUUCUCAUUCUCUCUCCUUUGUCCCCCCCACCUCCAUAACUCCAUUGCUUCCUCUGCUCAAAUCUUGCUCUCAAAAUUACCUUUAUACCCAUCCUUUUUUUCAUACAUCAUCUCAAAUUUAUCUCUUCAACACGAGGGUAUUACAGUAAUUCCACAUUAACGGAAAACUUAACCGUCAGGUGAUUAACUCCGUUAAUCGCUUUACGCUGUCGUAAUCUUCUCCCUUUUCCCCUAACUUCACACUUCAACUCCUCUUUUUUUUCUCUCUCCUCUUCUUCAAUCGAUAAACCCUAGAAUUUUCUCUCUCCUCGAAAUUCUUGAAAUUUUAAUGAAUUGUGUUUUGCGAAAUCUGUAGAAGUUAGAAAACGAAGCAAUUGAGGUUUUGUGAUUUUGAUUGGAAAUGGCGACGGCGGCAAUGGCGACGGCUGCCGGAGCUGUUUUGGUGUUGUAUGUGCUUCUGAAUCGGAGAUUGUCAUCGGCGAAAUCGGAAGAACAUGGAGAUGAUCGGAGUAGUAGUAAUGGCGGAGAAUCGAAAUCAGGUCGAUCGAUUAGGCGGAAAGUUUCGCGACGACCUGAGAAAGCUCCGGCGACUUGGUUUGAAACGAUGAGUACUUUGUCGGAAACUAUAAGGUUUACGUAUUCUGAAACUUUGGGGAAAUGGCCUCUUGGAGACUUAGCUUUUGGGAUCAACUAUCUUAUACGUCGUCAGGGAGAUGUACAUGUCGCAAGUGUGUAUGCUGGAGGUGAUUGUGUACAGCUCAGAGGUCCUCAAAUUGUGGCUGAGCUAAAAUAUUUUUCGAGGUUGCUGACUCUUGGCAUACUUUUCUCCAAGAAGCCAUUUCCUGUAUUUUUGGAGUCUGCUGGAUACUCGGAAGCUGAUGUUCUUCUUCAGAAGCCCAAAGCUGGUCUUCUAAAGCCUGCUUUCACUAUUAUAAAUGAUCAUGGCACAAAAUGCUUCCUUUUGUUGAUUCGGGGUACUCAUAGUAUCAAAGAUACACUAACAGCAGCAACUGGUGCUGUGGUGCCUUUUCAUCAUUCUGUGUUACAUGAUGGUGGGAUAAGCAAUUUAAUUCUUGGAUAUGCUCAUUGCGGGAUGGUAGCUGCAGCACGUUGGAUAGCUAAGCUUAGCACUCCUUACCUCAUCAAAGCUUUGAGAGAUCAUCCUGAUUAUAAUAUUAAGAUUGUUGGUCAUUCUCUUGGCGGUGGAACUGCUGCUUUGUUGACGUAUAUUUUGCGAGAGCAAAAGGAAUUUUCCUCGAGUACUUGUGUAGCAUUUGCCCCAGCUGCUUGUAUGACGUGGGAAUUGGCAGAAUCAGGCAGGCACUUCAUUUCUGCUGUCAUCAAUGGUGCUGAUCUAGUUCCUACAUUUUCAGCUGCAUCUGUUGAUGAUCUUCGUACGGAGGUCACAGCAUCAUCUUGGUUAAAUGAUCUGCGUGAUCAAGUUGAGAGAACAAGAGUCUUGAAUGUCGUCUACCGCUCUGCCACAGCCAUAGGAUCCCGCAUACCGUCUAUUGCCACAACUGCAAAGGCCAGGGUUGCUGGUGCUGGUGCUCUUUUGCGUCCUGUCUCCAGUGGCACUCAGGUUGUGAUGAGGCGUGCCCAAGAUGUUGCGCAAGCAGUUGUUCGUACCCGUCCAGCCCUGUCCUCGUGGUCAUGCAUGGGAGCACGUCGCCGGAAUGUGGCUCAAACAAUAAAUCCUAAAGAGGAGGAUCUGGCUGAAGCCUCAUUAAUUACUACCAUGAGUACAUCAGAAGUUCUUGUGACUGAAACAGCUUCUACAGACACUGAGAUACAUGAUGGCGAGUACAACUUUUUAAGUGAAGGUUUGGGACAUGAUAAUGACACAGAGGAGGAGGAAGAGCAACUCCUAGCUGUAGAUAAAGAUAUAACCACAUCAACAAUGGAGGUUGUGACUGAAGGUGAGCUGUGGUACCAGCUGGAGAAGGAGCUUAAAAAACAGGAGGAAGCUGAGGCUCAAGUGCAAGACGAAGAAAUUGUUGCAGCUCAAGAGAUCACUGAAGAGGCACAUGUGUUGGCUGAUGCUGUGGAGAAAAAGCAACGGAUUUCCUCUUCCAACGCUCAGGAGAACCAUCAGUUUUACCCACCAGGACGUAUAAUGCAUAUGGUAUGUGUUCGUUGUUCCGGUGAUGCUAGUUUAGAUGAUGAUAAUGCUGCCGAGGAACGUGUGGGUAUUUACGAGACGCCUAGAAAUUUGUAUAGUAAGAUUAGAUUGACUAAAAUGAUGAUCAAUGAUCAUUAUAUGCCCAUGUAUAAGAAAAUGAUGGAGCAGCUUAUUAAUGAACUUGAAAAAGAUGAAUCGCUCCCAUGCGACACGAAAGAUAAUUAAGUUUAUAUCAUAUAAUUUAUACGCA